AUGGCACGCUCUGAAGUAUACCCAGAAAACCUUACUAUCGAUGUAAUUCUCCAUUCCGCAAGUGGAAGCGAUUUUGGUGUAUAUACCCUUAACGGCACCAUUGAUAGUGCCCCCACACCAUGUCCAGAAACCAGCCUAUAUAUGAUUGUAUGUCUCGAUAGCAACGCACUGGAUUCGGGUAUUAUUAAAGGAUAUGUCACUGGAAGAAGUUUGAACUUGAUAGAUAUUGAAAACACGAGAUAUAUCGCCGGAAGAGGCUUUAGGUUGUCAAGUUUUGUCGAAAACACGAGUCAAUUCAAUGAUGGAAACUACUUCAAUGAAGGAGGUUUAAACUCACCAAACUUUGUCGAAAACUCGAAUUAUAUUAAUAUAAGAGGUCUGGACUCGUCAAGCUUCGUUGACGACACGGGUUAUGUUGUCAAACAAGGCUUGUAUUCAUUAGAUUUUAUCGACAAAAACGUGAGUCACAUCAUUGGGGAAGGCUCGAGUUCGUUAGAUGUAGCCGAAAACACGGGUGUAGCCAAAGACACGGGGCACAUCAUUGGAAAAAGCUUGAACUCGUUAGGUGUAGCAGAAUAUACGGGUCACAUCAUUGGAGAAAGCUUGAGCUCGCUGGGCGCAGCCAAAAACACGAGGCACAUCAUUGGAGAAGGCUUGAGUUCGUUAGGUGUGGCAGAAUAUACGAGUCACAUCAUUGGAAAAGGCUUGAGCUCGCUGGGCAUAGCUGAAAACACGGGUCACAUCAUUAAAAGAAACUUAAACUUGUUAAAAUUUAUUCAUCAAUAUUAUGUAGUUUACCGUAUAGAUGCUAGUAACAAACUUACCUCUGUCCGUUUAAUUGACAAAGAAGUAUUAAAUAUGCUAAAUAUCCGUAAACUUGUUCAUAAGCGCAUAUGUUUUCAAUGCAGAAAAUUAUUCGAUUAUCCGAGCCAGUUAAAAAACCACAUACAGUCUCAUUCUGGUGAAAAACUGUACUGCCGAUAUAAAGACUGCAAAACAUCCUUUACGUUAGAUGUAAAUAGACGACGUCACGAAAAAAAAAUGCAUGGAUAUGUUCACACCAAACGAAAAACGGGAGUCUAUAUCGCUGAUUAA